UGCACGCUUGACAGUCACCGCUAUCCUGGCGUUCAGGUCGCACGCAAAGGAUCCGCGAAUCCAGGGUUUGAAACAUCCAAAUCCAAAUGUGAUCUUAGCUUAAUUAAAAGACUUUACGCUUGAAAAAAGAAAAAUGGUCACAAAGAUAUUUAAAAAGUGCCAGUUUUGAACGCAAUUCAUGCAAAAAUUUCUGUCAUCCUUAUGAAUAUUAGUGUGAUAUUCGUCACCAAUGAAUGCCAAUAAAUCGUUAAACACAUUCGAAAUGAUGUCACAUAACGACAGUAUUUGUGUCAUUACAAGAAGAAUGCAUGACUUAAACGGUGUUAGAGUAUCGUGACGAAUAUAAUAAAUAAGGAUGAGUACAGACGCUUUGGACUAUGAAAUGCAGUUAAGGAAGGAUGAAGGUCAAAAGGAGAUCCAGUCCAGACCGGCCCUAUCGGCUGGAAAGAUCUUCUACAAGCCGGGUGCUAUUGAAGAGGAAACGGAUGAGACUAGCUGUCUAGAUAGUUCAGUGAUGGAGUCCCCAAUGCUGGGCGUGGGAUACGACGGUGGGUUCCUGAAGCCACCGCUGAUCCGACAAUCAAGCAGUCUUCAUAGAGUGCCCACAUACAGUAGCUCCAUCGGCCAUAGCACUGUAUACAGACAUGAGACUUGUAGGAGCCGUUCUCAUAGACAUGGAGCUUCGAGGAGAACAAGGCGAAGGGCGAUUCUUAAAAAUGGUGAAUGUAACAUUCUUAAGUCGAAGAUCUCACAGCGUCGGCUGCGUUUUCUCCAGGACAUGUUCACAACUCUUGUCGACGCCCAGUGGCGCUGGACCCUACUCAUAUUUACGCUUUCUUUCAUACUUUCUUGGCUGGGAUUCGCUCUAAUUUGGUGGCUGAUUGCCGUUACACACGGAGACCUGGAACCGGAGCAUUUACCGCCCAUGCAAGAGUCAUCGAAUUGGAAGCCCUGUGUUUUUAAUAUUAACGAUUUCACUUCAUGUUUUCUAUUUAGUAUUGAAACUCAACACACCAUCGGAUAUGGUUCUCGUACGACUACAGAGGAGUGUCCAGAAGCUAUUUUCAUAAUGUGUCUACAAAGUAUAGUUGGUGUUAUGAUCCAAGCCUUCAUGGUGGGAAUUGUAUUUGCCAAAAUGACAAGACCUAAACAUAGAACGCAAACGCUUCUGUUUUCAAGAUAUGCUGUUGUCUGUCAGAGAGACGGCGAAUUGUGCCUUAUGUUUAGGGUCGGUGAUUUGAGAAAAUCUCAUAUAAUUGGAGCAAGUGUGCGAGCUCAAUUAAUUCGAACGAGAACAACAAAGGAAGGCGAAGUACUCUCACAUUACCAGACAGAAUUAGAACUAAAUGCAGACGGCUGUGAUAGUAAUCUGUUCUUUAUAUGGCCAAUUACAAUGGUCCAUCGUAUUAAUGCAAGCAGUCCUUUCUAUGGAGUGUCUGCGGCAGACGUGCUUCAAGAGAAAUUUGAAAUAGUUGUUAUUCUGGAAGGUACGAUUGAAUCUACCGGACAGACAACACAGGCGCGAUCUAGUUAUACAACAAGUGAAAUAAUGUGGGGACAUAGAUUUGUGCCAUUAGUGUCAUAUAACCGUGAGCGCCAGGGCUACGAGGUAGAUUAUUCUAAAUUCGAGGAGACAUCGCAGGUGGACACGCCCCUUUGUUCUGCAAAAGAACUGGACGAGUUUUACGGUACUCAAGCUGAGCGUAGAUCAAUCGGUUACACGACAUCACCGCUGUCAGCGGUCCUAUGUAAUACUCCAUUUAUGAAUAUGGUACCAGACAGGCUGGUUGAGGACGCUUUACGACGAGCGAGUCUUACUAACAAACCGUCUGUUGUGAAAUAUCCCCCAGACUAUUUUAACAGUGCCGAAGAACAUUCCUCAUCGAGCGAUGAUGAAAAGCAACCGAAUACAGUGAUUAAGGAUGUCAAAUAGCAAUAAAUUUUAGUUAAGUAUAUAUUAUUAGCUUUAAGUCAACUGUAACUUUGAUUUUUGACGAUAUUAAUAGUUACUCGCUACUAGAUGGCGCUGAUUUUUUUAAGCGCUUCCAAGAAGUCGACGUAACUUUUUAAAGAUUAUUUUAUAAUUUUAAUGAAUUCAUUAAUAGUAUUAUCAAAUUAUAAGAAAAAUGUAAUAAAUUUAUUAGAUGCACA